GGCCUAUUUGUCAUUGGUUGUCGGUUUGGUCAAUGAGAAGGUAUAUCUAUCCUUCGCCCCGUACCAGAGGGGAUUCCUAGUACGAGCGGUGAAGAGAAGGGGAGGAGGAGAAGAAAGAUCGUUGGCGGAGGAGAAUGGAGGCGUCGGCGGUGGAUCAUCUCGCGACUGAGCGGAAGAAAGCCCAAUUCGAUGUUCAGGCGAUGAAGAUCGCCUGGGCCGGCUCCAAGAACGCAUUCGAAGUCGCCAAUCGCAUGGCCCACAUCGUUGCCAGCGAUCCGGUCUUCCGCAAAGACAAUAGAACAAUGCUUGGCCGUAAGGAAUUGUUUAAGAACACACUAAAAAAAUCAGCCCAUGCUUGGAAGCGAAUAAACGAGUUACGCCUUACAGAAGAAGAAGCCUCUAUGUUCCGGAUCUUCAUAGAUGAACCUGGAUAUGGGGAUCUCCACUGGGGAAUGUUCGUUCCUGCUAUAAAAGGUCAAGGAACUGAGGAACAACAGAAGAAGUGGUUACCACUGGCUUAUAAGAUGCAAAUAAUUGGAUGCUAUGCUCAGACAGAACUUGGUCAUGGUUCAAAUGUUCAAGGUCUUGAAACAACAGCGACAUUUGAUCCCAAAACGGAUGAAUUUGUUAUUCACAGCCCUACACUUACUUCAAGCAAAUGGUGGCCUGGUGGUCUUGGAAAAGUAUCCACCCAUGCAGUUGUUUAUGCCCGUCUAAUCAUUGAUGGAAAAGACUAUGGAAUCAAUGGUUUCAUUGUUCAGUUACGAAGUUUGGAUGAUCAUUCGCCUCUUCCUGGAAUCGUUGUUGGUGAUAUUGGGAUGAAAUUUGGCAAUGGCGCUUACAAUACAAUGGACAAUGGGGUUUUGCAGUUUGAUCAUGUGCGCAUACCACGAAAUCAAAUGUUGAUGCGGGUUUCACAAGUCACAAAGGAAGGGAAGUAUGUGCAAUCUGACGUCCCAAGGCAGCUUUUAUAUGGGACAAUGGUUUAUGUUCGUCAAACAAUUGUCUCUGAUGCUUCUAAGGCUUUAUCUCGAGCCGUGUGCAUUGCUGUGAGAUAUAGUUGUGUUCGUAGGCAAUUUGGAUCACAAGAUGGUUCUCCUGAGACUCAGGUCAUUGAUUACAAAACUCAGCAAAGCAGACUCUUUCCGCUGCUGGCUUCAGCAUAUGCUUUUAGGUUUGUUGGUCAAUGGUUGAAGUGGCUAUAUAAUGAUGUGACAGAGAGACUACGAGCCAAUGAUUUUUCAACAUUGCCUGAGGCUCAUGCAUGCACUGCUGGUUUGAAAUCUUUGACAACCUCUGUGACAGCAGAUGGAAUUGAAGAAUGUCGGAAAUUGUGUGGAGGCCAUGGUUACUUAUGCAGCAGUGGGCUUCCUGAGUUAUUUGCUGUCUAUGUUCCUGCUUGUACGUAUGAAGGAGAUAAUAUUGUUUUGCUUUUGCAGGUGGCAAGGUUCCUUAUGAAGACUAUUUCUCAACUAGGUACUGGGAAACAGCCUGUUGGUACAACAGCAUAUAUGGGAAGAAUACAGCAUUUGAUGCAGAGCAAAUGUGAUGUUCUCACAGCUGAGGACUGGCUGAAACCUUCAGUUAUACUGGAAGCAUUUGAAGCUAGAGCAAUUAGAAUGGCUGUGAAGUGUGCCAAAGACAUUAGUCAGUUCCCAAGCCAAGAAGAUGGUUUCCAUGAGCUUUCUGCUGAUUUGAUGGAGGCGGCAAUUGCUCAUUGUCAACUAAUCAUUGUAUCCAAAUUCAUUGACAAGGUUCAAGAAGACAUACAAGGACGUGGAGUCAAAGAAGUGCUCCAGAUUCUCUGCAGUGUCUAUGCUCUCUCUCUGGUUCAUAAGCACCUUGGCGAUUUCAUCACGACAGGGUACAUCACACCCAAACAAGGUGCACUAGCUAAUGAGAAACUUCGAUCUCAAUAUUCCCAGCUUCGCCUUAAUGCUGUUGCACUAGUCGAUGCGUUUAACUACACUGAUCACUAUCUGGGUUCAAUUCUUGGUCGCUUUGAUGGAAAUGUGUAUCCCAACCUCUAUGAGGCGGCAUGGAAUGAUCCACUAAAUGAUUCAGUUGUGCCCGAUGGAUACCAUGAGUACAUCAAGCCCUUGAUCCAGCAGAAGCUGGCAGCAUCAAGGCUGUGAAGAUACUAUUAUUCUAAUAGCCUUACCGAAUGAUUAUUUUUUCUUUUAUAUUUUGGCACUCCAGAGGACCUCCUAGCCAUCUAUAUUCAAUAAGGACUAUUAGCAAGUACAAAAACUUAGUCCGAUGAUGAUUUAAUUCUAUCAUGCAGAUGAUGUUGUUUAGAAUUGUAAUUGUGCGUGGAAUUUGGGCUUUAGCAGUCAUGAGGUAAUGAGCUCUCAUUUCCUUGGAUCUCAA